UGGUCUUCUCCGUCCAUUCUCUCUCUUGAAGACUCCACUUUCUCUCUGUCUGUCUGUCUGUCUCUCUCUCUCAGUCUUCAAGGCAGUCUUCUCCUCCUCCAUGGCCGAGAACGGCGAAGAGAAGUUGCUCGCCGUCGCCCGCCACAUCGCCAAGACGCUCGGCCGGGACGAGUCCAUGGCCGACGAUAUCCUCCAGAUCUUCUCCAACUUCGACGGCCGGUUCUCCCGAGAUAAGCUGUCCCCCUCCGAAAAGGCGGCCGCCGCCGCCGUCGCCGCCGCAGACGCCGACAACCCCCGUGCCUAUGCCGCCCUCGACCGCGCUCUCAACGAGCUGGAGCGCCAGAUCUCGCACUUCGUCACCUCCGACAACCCCAUCUGGGCCGACGCAGCUGACGCCUCCGCCUUCCUCGACGCUGUUGACGAAUUGAUCGCCGCCGUCAGGGACUGGACCUCCGCGUCCGCUACCGACAAGGCCGUCCUGGCAUGCCUCGGCCGCGCCGAGGAUCUGAUGCAGCAGGCGAUGUUCCGUCUCGAGGACGAGUUCAGGUCUCUGAUGGAGGUCGGCGGCGAGUCCUUUGAGCUGAGCCGGCCCUACGGACGCGGGGAGUCGAAUGGAGACCUCUCCUUCGACUCUGAAGACGAGGACGACGACGAACAGGGAGGUGAUGGAGAUGAGCGGCAGGUUCCGGUGGCGCAGCCGCUUGGGGACGACUUUGAUAUUGUGAUCGACGCGUUGCCGUCAGGAACGAUCAGUGAUUUGCACGAGAUCGCGAAGCGCAUGGUGGCUGCGGGGUUUGCGAAGGAGUGCUCGCACGUUUACAGCAGCUGCAGGAGGGAGUUCUUGGAGGAGAGCAUGUCGAGGUUGGGUUUACAGAAAUUGAGCAUCGAGGAAGCCCAGAAAUUGCCAUGGCAGGACUUGGAAGACGAGAUAGACCGGUGGAUGAAGGCCAUGAAAGUGGCUCUUUAUAUCCUGUUCCCCAGCGAACGCCGCCUCUGCGAUCGUGUCUUCUUUGGCUUAUCUUCGGCUGCUGAUCUCUGCUUCAUGGAGGUGUACCGUGGCUGUGCCAUUCAACUCCUGAACUUUGCUGAUGCAGUCGCGAUUGGGUCGAGGGCGCCUGAGCGACUGUUUAAAGUUCUUGACGUGUUUGAGACGAUGAGAGACUUGAUGCCUGAAUUUGAGUCUUUGUUCUCUGAUCAGUACUGUUUGUUUCUUAGAAAUGAAGCUGUUGCCAUUUGGAAGAGGUUAGGAGAGGCAAUUAGAGGGAUAUUCAUGGAAUUGGAGAAUUUGAUCCGCCGAGAUCCAGUGAAAGCUGCUGUUCCCGGUGGGGGGCUGCAUCCAAUUACUCGAUAUGUAAUGAACUAUCUUCGAGCCGCUUGCCGAUCUCGGCCGACCCUCGAACAAAUUUUCGAGGAGAAUAUUGUGUCUCCUAAAGAAUAUUCCGAUCUUGAUAGUCGAGCCUCUUCGUCCUCCUUGUCAGUCCAAAUGGCAUGGGUCAUGGAACUUCUGGAGAGUAAUUUAGAGGCCAAAUCGAAGAUUUACAGGGACUCUGCUCUCUGUUCUGUCUUUAUGAUGAAUAAUGGAAGGUACCUUGUAGAGAAGGUGAAGGGAAAUGAUCUGGGUUUACUCUUGGGUGAGGAUUGGAUCAGAAAGCACACUGCAAAGGUGCGACAAUAUCAGACGAAUUACCUCAGAAACUCGUGGAAUAAGGUUUUGGGUGUGUUGAAGCUAGACAAUGCCUCUCUAGCUCCCAAUGCAGACACGAGGUUUCUGAAGGAAAGAGUCAAGCUAUUCAAUGUCUACUUUGAGGAUACAUGUAGAGUGCAAUCAUCUCGCGUCAUCUUCGAUGAGCAGCUAAGGGAGGACUUGAGGAUCUCCGCGACGAAAUUGCUGGUGCCUGCUUAUGAAACUUUUGUGGGAAGGUUGCAGGGCGUUGCUGAAAUGAGGAAGCACUCUUUUAAGCCGGUCGAGGAAAUCAAGGCUCGGAUGGACGAGUUAUUCCGGGGAAGGGGAGCUUUAGGUGGUGGCAGGAAGUGAACGUAAGCUGCAGCUAGUGUUGUGCUUAUCUGUGUGUGUAUGUAGCUUAUGCCGGGAUUCCGAAUUCCUGUGUUGUAUGAAUGUGGUUGAAAGUUUGCUUAUA